ACCACUAUGUAUUCAUAUGUUAUUACUUCUUAAACAAUGUUCACGCCUCCGUAUAUCCUCCCUUUUAAGAUAACGAUAAUCUCGCUGCCGCCAGUUAUCCCACCUCGAAUGUUCCUGGAACUGGGCAAGGGUCUCUCUAUCGCAAAGGAACUACAUUACGUUGCUAAGCUAUCUCACAGUGCACUAUUUUCUUUCCCCUUUUGUCUUUGACGUCAGCAAUUCACUAAUAUUAUUCGGAGGUCGGGUAGAAUUAGAUGACCUAGACCACAGUCCAGGUUCUGGAGAUAGCAUGCCCUUUCCCCAGGAUUCAUACCAGUUUGUCGUCUAUUGAUCCCAUUAAGUGACAUGCUGAAUAUGAAUCUGGCUUUUGGCGUGUCUUGCUCACGCUUUACUGCUUCGUAGGCGCAAACUUCCCCAUCAAUCCGGCUAUAAGGCAUCACUUGCAACAUGUUCAGCCUUCGCCCGCCAAUCGAUUUACCGAUUGCAGUAUCUCAUAAUUGAACGUCGAGGAUUCUUGCGUUGGCUGCGCGUGCGAUCCUGAGAAUCUUUUACAUCUAGGGUUGUGACGAUCCUAUAUGUGCUGCUCGAAUCUGCGCGUGCGUCAACCUCGCUCUUCGUAACGAACCUCUGGAACGUCGUAUCACUGUCUCUAAGAACGUGUGAUUACGGCGACGAGCUGCUGCGAGUCUUAUCUCUGUUGCCUUGAAUGCACCAGUCUUCAGAACUUGCUGCUGCGAAGCAGAAGUUGUGCUUUCGAUGUCGUCCAGAGCUCUCGAUUCAUAUAUGAUACGGUCCCCGCCCCGGCUUCCCUUCCAUGUGUACAACACGAUGCAAACUUGGACUUCCUCACGGCGCUCAGAUCAAUCAAGAGCAUGGCGGGACCUACAUAUAUGGCGCCUUCCCGCUUACUCUAAUUGCACUAUCAAUAAUCUUUCCAAUCAUAGUUACUUGUAGACAUGGCCCUCUCCGAAGAAAUCAAGCGUCAAAUUCUCGCAUACCUUCCGACCGAUGCCAGAAUUCUUGCUACUGCAUCAGCCCGUGUAUACCACGCACCGUUUGGCGGCCGACAGACGAGCUGGUCUCCGUCGGGCCUCAGUGGUAUUCUUGUUUUCGGUCGCGACCGUUUGACCCUGCAUCCCGACAAACGGCUUGGUAUCGGACCUGGUUCUACUCUCGAGCAGAACUUCUGGUUCCGCCUUGUUGACUUGCAGUCGGGUAAGGGCUUGGUCUGGAUGCACCAGAUCGCAGAGGAUCUGGAGUAUCGUCUUGACAAACCUUUCUUCCACGAAUUCCGUGGAAAGACCAGAAUGUUUGGAUUCCGCUUCGACGAAGACGCGGAAGCAAACAAAUUCUACAAAAAGGUCACAAGUCAUCUUCGCACUAUCACGGCAUCGCCUCCGAAGCCCAAAGUUGUUACCCCAUCCUUAAACCCUCUAAAACGUUUCGCACCUUCCAACGUCUCUUCUCCCACGCCUGGCACCUUCGUCCACCUCGCUCAUGUGGGUUUCAAUGAAAAAGGCCGCAUUGAAGUCUCAAAUGACCUCGAGGCGGGUUGGACGAUGAUGCUGGAGGAAUUGAAAGGGCAUGGCGUUGAUGAGGAGAUCAUUGAGGAUGACCGCAGCUUCGUGGAGGGGUUCUGGGCUGGUGUGAAGGCGACUAGUCCCAAGGAAGCCAAGAUCAAACUUGAUAGUGAAAACGGUGUUGAACGCAAGAAGAAGUCAAUACGCCGGAAGCCCGUCGCCCCAACGAACGCCAUGGGAUGACUUUUUUUAAAUUCUUUCUCACGUAGUCGACUAGGGCAUCGAAUGCCAUGGACAUCAUUCUUUGCUACCCCUAAAAUACCUUUCAUCGACCCCCUUAUACUUCUAUUGUCUGGACAUUUUUCUUUUCCGUGUCAUCAUCGGACUCUGGUUGAUUGCAUUCACUGUAUCAGUAUAUGUAGGAUAUGUGCUAUAUUAGUAGUUAGUGUAUGAUUGCCUGUACCGUACUAUGUCUGGUCGGUGUGGGUUCUAUAUAGGUCCAUAUGGCGUAUGUUGAUUCAUGCGAAUAAUAUCAAUUAAUUAACUCC